AUGAGCUACUACUUCGCCAUUGUCGGCGCCCAGGACAAUCCCCUCUUUGAAUACGAAUUCGGCACGUCCAAGCAGGGCGGCGAUGGACAAUCCCGAUUCUCGGAUCAGCUCCGCCACUUGAACCAGUUUAUUCUGCAUUCGAGCCUAGAUAUAGCCGAGGAGGUGCAAUGGGCACAAGGACAAAUAUUCUUCAACAACUAUAUAUCCUGUUUCGUCACCGGCGCCAACGUCAAAUUUCUCCUGCUCCAUCAACCCAUUAUGCCCACGUCCACGAGCUCGUCGCGAUCAUCGACUGCUAUUGGCGCCAACCCGACGAGUCCAGCGACGGAAGAGGCUAUCAAGAUGUUCUUCGCCGAGGUGUAUGACAACUGGGUAAAGGCUGUCAUGAAUCCGUUUUACAGGGCAAAUACAGAGGUUACGAGUCCCGUGUUCAGGGCGAGAGUUGCGGCCGCAGGGCGGAAGUAUCUGUAG